UUUUUCUUGCACAAUAGCUUGCAACGCAAAUUGACCAAGGCAAGUUCGUCUGUGUUGUAAACUCGGCCUUUGUAUACUGCGCCUCUAGUAAAUAACCGUCGAAAAAUCAGGUUAUGAUUAUAUUGAUAUAAAUUAUUACAAUAGUUUUUUUCAUUCAUUUUAUCCGCUGAUAAUGAUUCACAAUUUUUCUACUAACUGUAAUUGUUUAUAAUAAAGUGCAAUUAUUGUUUAAUACAAAACGUUUGUUUACAUACUUAGUUUUCUAAAAGGGUGCGAGAAAUAAAUUUUAGUAAAUUUCAAGAUGUUCGGACAGCCAGGGAACACGUCUUUUGGUGGGUUCAACUCUGCAACUCAGAGCAGUCCGUUUGGUCAAUCAGCAUUUGGUAAACCGAUUGCCACAACGAGUUUUGGAACUGGAUCGACUCCAGUCUUUGGUAGUAAUAACACAUCACUAUUCAGUGCUAAACCUGCGGGUACUACUACCGGAGGUUUAUUUGGUAAUACAUCAGCUACACCAGCAUUUGGACAACCAGCAACAACGCAAUCUUCUUUUGGAGGUUUUGGAGCUACUCCGACUAAUACAAAUUUAUUUGGAACGCAACAAAAUGCUAAUACAAGUUUAUUUGGCACCAAUAAUAAUACAUCAGCUUUUGGACAAGCAAAUAAGCCAGCAGGCUUCGGAUUUGCUUCAACAAGUGGGACUAGUCUUUUUGGACAACCUCAGCAAAGUAUACAGCAAACUACUCCAUUUGGACAAACAAAUACUACUGCGAGUACUGGCCUAUUUGGUACUCCAGGAGGAUUUAGAACUGGUACUAACACUGGAUCAGCUAUUGUUGGGACUCCAGUAAAGUUUAAUCCAGUUGUCGGUUCAGAUACUAUGGUAAAACAAGGUGUUACCCAAACUAUAUCGACUAAACAUCAUUGCAUAAUGGUGAUGAAAGAGUAUGAAAAUAAAUCAUUGGAAGAAUUACGUUUGGAAGAUUACACUGCUGGUAUGAAGGGACCAAGUCAAUCAGGACAGACAACUGGUCUUUUUGGAGCUACAGCUCAACCUUCGCCUUUUGGAAGUACUGGUACAAUUGCUAGUACUGUUUCCAGUGGUUUCGGAUCUAUGUCAACGGGAUUUGGUACAAGUACCCAGACUAAUUCUGGUGGAAGUCUUUUUGGUAAACCAACUGGUUUUGGUACACCAGCAACAACUACUAGUGCUUUUGCAUUUAAUCCUACAACAUCAUCAAGUCUAUUUGGUGUUAAUACUCAACCAAAACCAUUUGGAACUGCUGCUCCAACGACGUUAUUUUCAAAUACAACUACAAAUCAACCGGCAACUGGAUUCGGAACAAUGAACAAUACCCAAACACCAGGGUUCGGUGGUUUUGGUACUGCUCAACCAAAUCAAAGUAUUGGAUUAUUCAAUCAAAAGCCAUCAACAUUCAGUAUGACUCCAGCUACAUCUAAUACUGGGUUUGGUGGUUUUGGACAAACUGCACCAGCAAAUACUACAACCAAUUUGUUUAACAAACCUCUCACUACUGGUUUUGGAACAGGAUCAGCAUUUGGUACGACACCAGCUCCAACUUUUGGAACUAACACAGGUUUUGGUACUACACAAAAUAACAAUACUUCAUUAUUUAACUCAUCAUUUAAACCCGCUGGACAGACGAAUACUUUUUCAUUUGGCGCAACACCUACUGCUACAUCAACACUCGGUACCAAUCCAAGUUUGAACUUAGGAGGAACAAACUCACUUUUCGGUGCACCAAAACCUGGCGGUCUCUUUGGUAAUACCGCUACUGGUACAACAUUUAAUAGUUCAGGAACUUUUGGUGCUCCUGGAGCUUUCGGAACAAAUACAAGCACAAAUACUGGCCUUGGAUUAAAUUUGCUUGGUGGCGGAGUCAAUACAAAUCAAGUCCAGCAAAAUUCUAGUUCAGUUCCUGUUCAUCAGCAAAUUUUAGCUUUAGUUUCAACACCUUUUGGAGAUUCACCACUUCUAAAAAAUUUGCUGCCGGCAUCUGGAAAAUCGGAAGAACUAAUAAAGCCAGCUAAUGCAGCAUCCAAAACCCUCAAUGGGUCUCAAUUUAAAGUGUCAACAUCAAAUAAUUCGCCAAAAGUAAAAGCCCGAGUAGUAACACCAGUACAGCUAUCAAAGAAAUCACUAUUUGAUGGUCUGGAAGAAGAAGAUCCAACACUGUUAGAAGCAUUCCAACCUCGUCCAAACGCAAAACGUUUAGUCUUGCGUCCAAAACGACGGUCACUUAGUCCUACACCAACGUCUGCUGAAAAUGGGAACGCAACACAGAGCAACGAACUCGUAGAGAGCAACAUUGAAGCCUCAGCUUCCUGCAGCAAUGAUAAUGAAGCUGUUGAUAAAGAAAAUCAGCAGCAAAGUAAUCGGCAGUCAAUUGACAAUAGAAGGUUAUCAUCAACUUCUUGGUUAAAGACUCACUUACCUCGAGCAACAAAAAUGCCAGAGGAAGAAUUUGAUGGACAAAAAUCUCCAUUUGAUUCAUUUGAUAUUCAAGAAGAAGGACUAGACAACACAGUAGCAGAUUUCCGGCCUCACGGUGGAGGAAAUAACAGUCCAGCUGGCAAUUUAGAAUCAAAUCAAAUGACGUCGCGAAUCAAACGACGAAGCAACAAAAGCGCUGGUGAUUCUUUGACAUUCAACGACUCUAGUCGUGGAUUAGAUGAAAGCUCAAUGUCGAUAUUACAACCCGAAGUCGAACCAAAUCAAGCCAACGUAACUUUGAGACGUGCGGGAUAUUAUACCAUACCAUCUUUAGACCAAUUGGAUAAAUAUGUCCGUGGUGAAACUUGUGUCGUACCAAAUUUCACAGUCGGUCGAACUGGUUACGGCAAUGUCUAUUUCUCGGACUCAUUUGAUAUCUACGGAUUAAAUUUAGAUGAGAUAGUACACUUCCGUCAUAAAGAAGUUAUCAUAUAUCCUGAUGAUGAAAAGAAACCACCGGUUGGUCAAGGAUUAAAUCGUAAAGCUCAGGUGACAUUAGAUCGUGUGUGGCCUCAUGACAAAACUCAGCAUGAACCAAUAACCGAUCCUGAACGUCUGGUUGUUAUGGAUUAUGAAGGUAAAUUAAGACGUGUUUCAGCAAAACAUGACACACGUUUUUUGGAAUAUCGUCCGGAAACUGGUUCUUGGGUAUUCAAAGUUGAACAUUUUUCUAAGUACGGAUUAAGUGAUUCAGAUGAUGACGAUGAUGUACCAGCAAAUCAGGAUAUGAAAAAACUUAAAGGUACUGUUGUUCGUAAAUCACGUACGUUAAAUCAAAGGGAACUGAGACGAGCUACUGAAGAAUUAAAAUCUGAUAAACGAGUUGUUAAUGGAUUCAAUAGACAGGCGGUAGAAACUGAAAAAGAUACUGAAAAAAAUGUAUUUCGUAUGGAUGAUGACGACGAAGAUAGCAUGAGUAGUAAUGAAAUUCAACAGGAAUCUGAGGGUGAAAAACAAUCUGCUCUAAGCCCUACUUCAAUUUACGCUCGUCUAGUUGGAACAGACAGUCACAAACUUCAAUUAAUGAAAGCUAGUUUUUUUGAUGAAAAUGGUGAUGAUUAUAAUGAACAAUCUAUGUAUGAAAACUCCGAUAUACCAAUGAGACGUCUACAAAAUUUUGAAACUCGUGAUAAUGAUCUGGAUAAUUUAACCUACACAGCUAAUUUACGAUCAAAUCUUACUAUUCAUGAUAUGUUGACGAUACCCAAGGAGUCUUUUUCCCAUGCAAAAGAAAUUAAACAAAAAAAAACUCAGCAAGCUAAAGUAGAAAAAAUAUCAAGUAUGAAUAAAUUUUUUCCAUCACCGAUUGUUAAACCAACAACCCGAGUACUCAAGUAUCGUUGCGAAGUAAUUCCACUGAGAAAAUCAAUUUGUAAUCGUUUGAAAUUUAAUACAAUUGCUGACAUAAGUAUUCAAAUGGGCAGAAAAUUUAAAGCUACUUGGGGACCAGGAUUAACUUUGAUUUCGUUGACUACUCAAGAGCAAGCAUCAGUAGUACCACUGCAAAAUUCAUUCAGUCAUAUAGAAACUUAUGUAUCUGGACGUCUCAUGGAAGACUAUUCAUCAUCAAAUGUCGUUCAACGUUUACAAAUUUUAGGCGGUAAUCGGGCAGAUCGUGAUUAUAUUUCAGUAUUCAAAGAGAGUAUCGAAAAGCAUCUUCGAAUCCAGUUGAACCACUGUGUCAUUGGUGAAGAAAAUAAUUGCCGUUGGAUUCGUGUUGGCGGAGGUGAAGCUGGAAUUUCAGCUCUUCACGAUCACUGCGGUUUAUCUCAAGAAAUAGCUAAUAAUUUAACCACUGAACAUUUAUCAUCUUACGCUGCUGAUAUAUGGCAACUUUGUGUUGCUCUUUGGGGUAAUUUACCAGCACUACAAUCAGAUUCAGACAAACAAAGUCAUAGUCAUGUCAUGAUAAGAAGAGAAGCAUUCAGUGAUUGGUUAAAAAAUGUUGUGGAGGAUACAGUUCAACAUGAAUUAUCAGAGAUCAAUGCCGAGGAUAAAAUGAUGCUUUCAAUGUUGUCUGCCAAUAAAUUAGAAGAAGCUUGUGAAAUAGCAAGAAAAAUCGGGGAUUAUACUUUGGCAAUAUUUAUAUCUCAAUUGGGUGGUUCUUCAUGCGUUAAAGAAUUGGCGAAACAAGCAAUCGCUCUUUGGCAGUUGACUGAUGUCGUAACAAAUAUGUCGAUGGCUAGAUUGAAGAUUUAUAUGCUAGCAGCUGGCGAGGAACUUAUUACUUUAACAAGCAACGAUGAUAUCGUAAACGUUUGUGAAAAUUUAGACUGGAAAAGAGCUCUUGCUAUUCAUUUGUGGUAUCUAUCAGAACCUAUUGCGUCAAUUACUGAUGUUUUAGAACUCUACGAAGCUUCAUUUAAUGGAGACCCGGCAGAUGUUUAUGCAGCUGCACCUCUGCCAGAUUAUAAAGAAGAAGAUUUCGAGCCGGAAGUGCUGAGUAACAAGAAAACUUAUGAUCUUUGCUAUCAUCUAUUAAAGCUUUACUGCACAGGUAAUCAUUCACUCGAACAAAUUCUUAAUCCGCUGACCCACACUGCGGAUCCAUUUGAUUACCGACUCAGUUGGUUGUUGCAACAAGUAAUUGUUGGACUGGGAUACUCUCAUCUUUCCGAUCAUGUGGCUUCAAUGACUCAUACAAACUUUGCAGCGCAAUUAGAAGCUCAUGAUCUGUGGCAUUGGGCUAUAUUUGUUGUGUUGCAUUUGAAUACUACAGCAAUCCGACGAACAGCUGUGAUGGAUUUGCUUGCACGUCACGUUCAAAUUGAUGAAGAUCUGGAUUAUACUCAGCGAGAAAAAUUUUUAUUGGAGGAACUUGGUAUUCCUUCCAAGUGGAUCAAUGAGGCCAAGGCUAUUAAAGGAUGUGCUUCGAAGAGAUACGGAGAAGCUGCUUGGUAUUUACUUCAAGCAGAACAAUGGAAUCGGGCCCAUGAGGUCAUAAUUGAACAUCUGGCAGCAGAUGCUAUAAUUAAUGAGAACUAUGAUUAUCUGAGAUCCUUGUUGAGUCCAUUCGUUCCACCAGAAUGUAAUGGCGUCGUGAAUGGGUGGUCAUACCAAGGACAAUUACUCUGGGAUUACAUGGAAAUUGCCGUAGAGAUUGAAUCGUUCUUGAAGGAUCCUGAUUACUCUAAUCUUGGAUACAAACUUGAACUUCUUCAGCCUCAAAUAAGUUCGCUUUGCGCUAAAAUUAAUCAGUUCCCGUGUCCUACUGCAAAGCAUCGAUUAUGUCAAGCUGAAAUUGCUAAACGAACGUUCAAUCUUGCAAGAAGUAUACUUUUACUGCAACCAAAUGAAGAGAAAUCAACAUCUGAGAUCUUAGUUCGCUUGAUAACAAUGUUACCACUUCCUGAAGAUUAUGCGCAACAAGAAUUACGACCUAUUAUUAAUAUGUGUACUAAUGAAAUUGUUGGUCAUUAACGAUUAAAGAAUCUUAUUGUAGGCAAGUAUAAUAUAACAAUAGUAUUUAGCACAAGUUAUUAUUAUUUUUUUUUUGUUAUUUUUAGAAAAAUUUGUAUUGUAUGAAUGUAAAAAAAAAAAAUUUUUAGAUUUUUUUUUUUUUUUUUGUAACUGAAGCGUAUUAAAUGUAAAACUACUUGUGCUUAAAUAUUUAAAUUAGAUGUAAUAUUUACUGGUUUUAUACAUUCAUUAAUAUUAAUUUGUUAAUUGACCUUAUUUAAAAAAAGGCAGUUUAGAAAAAAAAAAAUUCUUAAAAGCAAAAAAUUAAAAACUUGUAAAAGUUAUUAAAAAAAUUUAAUUGUGUUAUUCAAAGUCUUAUGAG